CAAAAAAAUGUUUAAUCAAAAUUUGUAAUGUCUAAAUCGUCAAUAGUUGUAUAUUUAGAAUCUUCGCCACCAUUUUUAUUAGAAUUAAUAUACUCGUGUGUUUUUAGUAUUAUAUUAAUUGUAUUUAUUUUUACUGUACGAGAACGAACCCAAACAUUUGUUUUAGCGGCCGAUGCAGCAAAACAUUUACAAAAAAAGUCAUUUACAACGGAAAAAAGUAAACGGGUUUUAGGAAGUGAUGGUGAAGUGAUUUAUUCAGACGACAAAAAAUUGAAUUCACCUCAAUUAAAAGUGCAUUAUAGAAGUGACGCCACUGACGACAGCAGUUGUUCAGUAACUACAUCAGAAUCACCAAUCACUAAUCGAUGGUCGCAAAACUUAAAAGAAUCAAUCGAAGAACUGGGAAUAUUUUAUCCAGCAAAGAUUUUACGACCAGGAACGAUAAAACGUUUACGACGUGGUAUUUCACGUAGCCCAUUAAAAAGAAUGAAUAAUAACUCCGCUGCAACUAUACCAUCAUUCUAUAAAAUGGAACAAGAACAUCCAGAAAAAAUUGAUGACAUGACACCAGAAGAAUAUGAAUCCUAUGUCCAAUCGAUGACAUCUAUAUGGAAUAAAUUAUUCAGUAAAUCAAAAUCACCGCCUGCGCCACAGUCACAUUCAAAAAAUGUAUCACCCACUGCUGUAGAUGAUUCUUCUUUAAAUUCGGAGCAAACGGGUAUUGGAUCAAGGGAAUGGAAACAAAGAAUACAGAAAAUAUGGACUCGAAAUGAUAUUUUGAAAACUGAUAGUACGCUAGCUGUACGUGGUUCAGAGUCUGAAAUCAAUAUACGUGCGUUUACUGAAUCUGAAAUUAAAAUGGUGGAACAGCCAUUUAAAGAGUCCACGGAUUCAAUGUAUUCAAACUGCCUGGGAACUAACGAUGUACUAGACAGUGAAUUGAGUAAUAUGUCCGGUGAUGAAUGUAAGAAAAGUCAAUUUAAUGUUAUUUACGAAGAAAAAUAAUUUCCAGUUUCCAACCUU